AUGGACGACAUCUGGGACCAGCCCGUCGCGCAAGAUUCCUCCAAGCGCACAGAGAUCGACGACGACGAUGACGCGCCGCAACGUCCAGCGAAGCGCUCCAGGCAGGCGCUCUUCCUCGCCGACUCGGAUGACGACAUGGAUCCGGGACCCUCCAACCGCACUGUUCACAAAGCCCCUCCAGCACAGGACGUGGACAUCGAGGCGCUUUUUCAUGGACUGGAUGACGACGACCCAGCGUUCAAACCUCUUCCAGCAAGCGUCAAUGUUGAGGAGCUGACGCGUCAGGCCGAGGCGAACUACAGCAAGAUGCCCCCUCUCACCCCAUACCAGGUCAUGCCUAGCAGCUCUCCCUCACGCGAUACCGCGGACAAGGACGGUAGUAAAGGUUCGAAGGCCAAAGGAAAGGAUGGAGGCGAGAAGAAGGCACGUCGGAGGAUCGUGAAGUUGGACGAAAACCGCCUCCUCGGCGAGAAUGGCUUUCCACAACUGAUCAAAAUGACGAAGGAUUUCAAAAUAAAAGGGAAGGGGCAUGAGGCGACAGACCUGAAUCGAUUACUCCAAGUGUAUCAAUAUUGGACCCAUCAAAUGUACCCUAAAACCCAAUUCCAGGAUACGGUGGAACGCGUCGAGAAGCUCUGUCAUUCGCGCCGGAUGACCGUCGCGCUAUCCGUCUGGAGAGAUGAAGCACACGGAAAGUUCAGAGCACCAGUCGAUGAGGAGGAAGAAGAAGAAGAGGAAGACAACAAUCAAGAAGAGAACAAACCAAUGCAGACCGAUAACGAAGGUUCCGGCCUACCACCGUCAUCUCCUCCGCGGUCUUCAUCUCCGCCAGUCAACGUUCGCCCAACACAACGCAGUAGUCCUCCAGCGCAGCGCGACGAAGAUGACGAUGCAGCAUUUUGGGCAGGCCUCGAGGGGAACAACGCUGGCUCAUCGUCGGACGCCCCACCAGCUCCGUCGACGACUGGAAACUCAUCAGUGGACGAAGAUGAGGACAUGUGGGACAUCGUCAAUGAGAUCGAGCAGGAAUCUACCUCGAAACAUCCAGCACCACCUGCACCUCCAGCAGCAGGAGCCCCCAACGGUAUUGCGCAAGGCGCUUCAGCACCACCGCCAAAUCCUCCAGUACCAGACGACGAUGACUGGGACGAUAUGUAUGUAUGA